GUAGACGUCAGACCAAGCCAGACAUAGCGUAGGAUAGCAUGAGGAUAUACCCUAAAAUGCGCUGAGGUGCGCAUCGUCUGAGCUGUCACUUACGCAAUCCCACUCGGCUAAAUCACGACCAAUAACUCAAAUCAUUUUCUCUCUCUGUCUCUCCGUUUUCACCACCGAUUCUCAUCUGUACUCAACGUUUCGGAAAAGCAAAUUUGUGCCUCCGGCGGAUAUGAGCACCGGCGGGAGUUUUUUUUGGGCGCCAAAUCGCCGUGGAAAGCUCAAGGUGAAGGGAAUAAUCGUUGCUUUCGCUUGGAUUUCGGUCGGCGAUGCUCAAUUGAAGGACUUCACCGACCACUGCUCUUCGCUUGGAUGGAAUUCUCUUGUCUGCCGCGCCGAUUAUCUUAAUUUAUUCAUUCCCGAGAGAGCUACAUCACUUGCCUUUUCUGUUAUUGGUGAGCUUGUCAAGGAGCUUAGAUGUGGAUUAUGUCCUGUAGUUCUCGUAUCCUUUUCUGGUGGUUCUAAAGCGUGCAUGUACAAGGCUCUCCAGAUCAUUGAAGGAUGUUCGGAUUUGGAGCUCUGUCUGGAGGACAGUAGGUUACUUGCCAGUUGCAUCGCGGGACAGAUUUAUGAUUCUGAUCCUAUAGACUUUACUUCUGAUUUGGGUGCCCGGUUUGCUCUGCACCGCUCUAUCCUCAAAUUGCCUGGAUCAUCAAAGCUGGUUUCGUUGUUUGCAAAAGGGGUCACCUCAAGCUUGGAUGCUCUAUUUAUCACCAGAUUUGGAUCCCAACGCGCAAAUUACUGGCAAACCCUUUAUUCCUCGGUUGGUUUGGGAGCCCCCUUUCUUAUUUUAUGUUCAGAAAAUGAUGAGGUGGCUCCACGUUCAACCCUGACCAAAUUUGCUCAGCAUUUACAGGAUAUAGGCGGUUAUGUAAAAGUUGUGACGUGCAGUGCAGGCCAUAUCAAGCAUCAUUCAAUACAGUAUACAGCUGCUAUAACUGAGUUUCUUGAGCAGUCAACUUUAUUUUUCUCUGAGAAAUUACGGAAUAUCGGGGAGAAGUCUUGCAUUGACGGCAUGCAUGAUGAAAUUUCUGAUUUGAUAUGCGAUCUCCAGAAUGCGGCAGUUGACUCGAAUCAGAGCUUCAGAAGAGUGGCAGUUGGGCCAAACGACCACUUUUUCCUGCCAAGCUCAUCAUAUUACCAUAAUGAUGGCAAAGAAUUCAGCUCUAUACAACAAGAAAGAAAAGAAAGGUCACCUAAUCGUUCGAGCCCUCCUUGUAUGAGUGCAAAUAGUAUUCUCGGCCAAGCGCUUUUUGAUGCAUGUGUUCCAAAAAAUGUGGAGGGUUGGGAUAUUAAAUUCUCCGGCUCAGUGAACGGGGAGCCGUUUGCUUCUGUUCACAAGAGGUCACCUUUUAGAGGCAUUAAGCUUAAAUCAAGAUUAUAAGAAAAAAAAAAAGGGAAACUCGAUAUACAUAUUGUUGGAAAUAUUUGCGGCUAACCUAUUGAAGGAAGUUUGAGGACCAUGGUAUUUCGGAAUAUACAAUUUGGUGAUUUCGGUGGAAAUCCAGCCGAGAGCCAAAUUAUUGGGGAUCAUGACGCGAAAUGCAUGUUACUGUAAGCCGAAGUAGAUUAUGGCAUAUAUGAACUAGCAUAUGUGAUGUGAUGUUAAUCUUCGUACAUUGAGCGCCUCGUGAUGUGAGUUCCUAACUUGUGAUAUAAAAUCUCUAGGGACGAGAUUUUUACUGAGUAAUGUGUAUAGUAAUAGUUUGAAAGUUACUGUUCCGUGAGACAAGCAUGUUUGUAUAUAUGAUGAACGAAUAAAACUCACUCGCCUGUAUAGUUACCUGCAAGAAUAAGCUAUAGUGAGAUGUUGCUCACAGCACUCACUGUUUUACCUUUUGUCACCUUGUCUGAGAUUUUGGAUGUCACUUGCCUGCAGAAACCAUACUUUCUCCCAUUGGAUAGUUUAUAUUUAUUGCAAUUCCUAACUGGCAUUGAUCUUAAUGCAACUAUAGGGACCGGCAUACAUGAAAUUGUACUCGAGGCGCCCCUCGUAUAAUUACUUGCGAGCAAAC